AUGAACCUGCCUUCGCCAUCGCUCCUUCUCCUUCUCCUUCUCGCCACCCCCGCCGCGGCCCUGCGCGCCGGCGUGAUUGGGGGCGGGCUCGGCGGGCUCGCCUGCUGCAACGCGCUGCGCAAGGUUGGCAUCGAGGCGGAGGUCUUUGAGCGGGCGCCAAAGCUGUCGCCGCAGGCGGGCACGGGGCUCACGCUGUGGCCAAACGGGCUGUCUGCUCUGGAGGCGAUCGACCCGGGCCUCUCGGCGCACGUCCUGCGGGCCGGAUCCACGACACAGCACAUCGAGGUGACGAGUGCGGACGGGCUAACCAAGCUGCCCAACCCGACGGGCGACCCGCGGCGGUUCCCCUCGACGUACGGGCACCCGAUGGCGAACGUGCGCUGGUCGAAGCUGCAGAAGGUUCUCGCCGCGCGCCUGCCCGAGGGAAUCAUCCACCUCGAUCGACAGCUGACCAAAGUCGAGCCGGCUGGAGGCGGCGUGACGGCGCACUUCGAGCGCUCCGAGGGCGGCGCGGAGAGCGCACACUUCGACCUGCUGGUUGGCGCCGACGGAAUCAACUCGGCCCUCCGCCAGCAGCUGGUUGGCGACGGGGCUCCGCGCGACGCCGGGCGCACCAUCUGGCGGUCGAUCAUCCCCUACGAGGAGCGCCUGCUGCAGGCGGGCUCCUGCUCCAUGUCGGCUGGCGCGGGCAAGGUUGGCUUCCUUACCCACCUGUCCGAGGGCGAGCUCUACUGGUCCGCCUUUGCCACGGACGAGGCCAUCGCCAAGAGCGGCUUGGUGCGUGGCGACUUCUCUUCCGUCAAGGAGUACCUGGUGGCCCAGUUCUCCGACGUGUACAAGCUGCUGCCCGUCCUCGAGAGGACUCCCGAGGAGGCGAUCCUCGAGCGGAGGGCCGAGACUAGCCGAGAUUCGCCGAGACUCGCCGAGAUUCGCCGAGAUGCGCCGAGACUCGCCGAGGUUCGCCGAGAUUCGCCGAGGAGGUGCUCCUCGAGCGGAGGCGGGGAGCCGCCUGUUUUGCUGUGGCCACGCCGCCCCCGUCACAUGCCGUCCACAGGUCGCCGACAGGGUUCCGCUCGUCGACGGCAGCGGCAAGGUUGCCAUUCCGUGGGCGGGGGGCGACGGCGAGGCGGGCCUGCCAGUCACGCUGCUCGGCGACGCCUUCCACGCGAUGAUCCCGUCGCUCGGCCAAGGCGCAAACACGUCCUUCGAGGGGGCGUACCGCUUGGCGGCAGCCCUGCGCGGCGCGACGACCGCCGAGGAGGUGGUUGCGGCUCUUCGGGCCUACGAGGUUGCCCAGAUGGAGCGUGCGCACUGGAUCGUCAAGCAGUCGGCAGAGCAAGGCCGGACGGUGUACGAGGACCGCGACGAGUUCAUGCGGCGGCAGCAGAUGGCGCAGGACGACAUGUGGGGCAUCGCCUUCAAGCCCCUCGCUGCCUGAGCCCCGCCCCGCCGCCCGGCCGUCGCGCCUCUUCGCAGGAGUGAGGCCUCGCGAGGAGAGCGGCAUAGUGUGGGUUCCCGGAUCAGCGGCGCCGCAGUCCCACGUGCCGCACGCGCCACGGAGCGCCCGAAAGAGCAUGUAAGUAUUUGUGUGACCGGUCUCGUGUGUUUGUCGGUUGUUUUUGUCCUGUGCGUCAUAUGUGCUGCGGGGGUCUCUUUCGGGUCGGGCGCGUUUAUAGCAAGAAACCAGA